GUUCCAGCAAUGCACGGACGUCGUGCGUGCCCACGGUUGGUUAGUAAAAGAUGAGAAAGUCGAUUGACAGACGGACGGAUGUGUUUAGGAAGGUUCCUUUUUUCAGCCCCGACUGGUAAGCGAUUCCGUUCUUCUCUUUGAGUCGUGAAGUUCCAAACCUCUCUGCACGGCAAACUCUCCGUUGUUGAUCAUUGAUCGUCUCCAGUUCUGAAGGAUUUGAUUGGCUAGAGAGGGGAAUAUGUGGGCUGCUUCUUGCCUUGCAUCAUGUUGUGCAGCAUGUGCAUGCGACGCAUGCAGGUCGGUGGUGUCUGGUAUUAGUCGUCGUUCUGCACGGAUUGCUUAUUGUGGUCUAUUCGCACUUUCUCUGGUCGUUUCAUGGAUUCUAAGGGAGGUUGCUGCACCCCUUAUGGAGAAGCUUCCUUGGAUUAAUCACUUCCAUCAGACACCUAAUAGGGAGUGGUUUGAAACAGAUGCAGUGCUGCGAGUUAGCUUGGGAAACUUUCUGUUUUUCACUAUUCUAUCAGUUCUAAUGAUUGGUGUAAAAAACCAGAAGGAUCCUCGUGAUAGUUUGCACCAUGGUGGAUGGAUGGCAAAAAUUAUAUGCUGGUGCCUUUUGGUGAUCUUCAUGUUUUUCCUUCCAAAUGAGAUCAUCAGCUUCUAUGAGACAAUAUCGAAAUUUGGCUCAGGGUUCUUUCUUCUUGUUCAAGUUGUGCUUUUGUUGGACUUUGUUCAUGGAUGGAAUGACAAAUGGGUUGGAUAUGAUGAGCAGUUCUGGUAUGUAGCUUUGUUUGUCGUCUCACUCGUAUGUUAUGUGGCGACAUUUUCCUUCUCGGGACUUCUCUUCCAUUGGUUUACUCCUUCUGGACAUGAAUGUGGUCUCAACACAUUCUUUAUUGUUAUGACCCUGAUAUUAGUUUUUUUAUUUGCUAUAGUUGCAUUGCACCCUGCGGUGAGUGGCAGCAUUUUGCCAGCUUCAGUCAUAUCUUUGUACUGCACAUACCUUUGCUAUAGUGGGCUUGCCAGCGAACCAAGGGAUUAUGAAUGCAAUGGCCUUCAUAAGCAUUCCAAGGCUGUUUCUACUGGCACUCUUACUGUAGGGUUACUUACGACUGUUCUCUCUGUUGUCUAUUCUGCUGUCCGUGCUGGUUCUUCUACAACACUACUCUCUCCUCCAAGUUCUCCCCGUGCAGGUGCUGGGAAGCCUUUGCUACCAUUGGACAAGACAGAAGAGCACGAAGAAAAAGAAAAGACAAAGCCAGUGACAUACUCAUAUUCCUUUUUCCACAUUAUAUUCUCUCUUGCAAGCAUGUACUCCGCAAUGCUUUUGACUGGGUGGUCAACCUCAGUCGGGGGGAGCGGGAAGCUGGUGGAUGUUGGCUGGGCAUCUGUGUGGGUGCGGAUCAUAACUGCGUGGGCGACUGCAGCUCUGUACAUCUGGUCCCUGGUUGCUCCUCGCCUAUUUCCAGAUAGGGAGUUCUGAGUUCCGAAUAUCCAAUUUGGACCCAAUAUCUAUGUAGAUGAAUUCUGCUAUUUGUACAUGCUUGCUGCAAGUUUCUGUCUUUCUAUAUAGCUAAAACUAUGAGGCAAGAGACCGGGAUGCCUGUCCUUAAUGCAUGUGUUCAUGUGAGUGGAUGCACUGAUAUGUGGACCCUGCAAUAAAGUCUGGGUUUGAAAGUAGAAA